AUGUUGUCUUAUAAGUCGAUUUUGCUGUACUCCAGCUUGGUCCUCCAAGCCCAAGCAACGGUGCUUCAAUUUACAAAUCCAAAUAUAUGCUGCGCCUUGCUACACUCAAAGUUCCCCGGCCACUCAAAAGUCUUCUCCUCAUUAGCGCCACAGUACGAUGAUCUGACCUUCUACUGGACCCCGACGGCACAAGUUCUCCCUCGAUGCGUCUUCACCCCCCACAAUACCAACGAUGUAAAGAAAGCAGUAAAGCUAUUCGCCCGCCGAAACUGCCAGUUCGCCGUCCGUAGCGGCGGUCACAGCUACAACCCCGGCUGGGCAGGCAUCAAACGAGGUGUUCUAAUAUCCCUGGGUAACAUGAAUCACACCUCCUACAGCACCCACACAGGACUCGCAACAGUUGAAGGCGGUAGUCGCUGGACCGACGUUUACGGAGCACUUCUACCGUACAACGUCACCGUUCUCGGCGGUAGGAACUCCGACCUCGGAGUCGGCGGAUACCUCACCGGUGGUGGUAUCAGUUUCUAUGCAAACAAAGAGGGUUGGGCUGCAGAUAACAUCGCCAGCGUUGAAAUCGUUCUUGGUAACGGGACGGUUAUUAAUGCUGAUAGGACCCACCAUUCUGAUCUAUUAAGAUCUAUUAAAGGUGGUUCCAACAAUUUUGGAAUCAUCACAAAGUUUAGAUUGAUGACUGUUGAUGCUACUGGGAUUUUUAACGGGUGGUAUAUGCGUUAUCCGCUCGCCUCUACCGAUGCUUACCUCGCUGCUGCGGAGUCCUAUUGUAACGGUGGAGUCGAUACGGAUACUAAAAGUCAUAUCAUCUUCUCCGCUUCGAUCGUAGGAACGAAUCCUAUGACUAACGUCGCGCUUAUGGCAUACGAUGGCGUUCUGGAUCCCUUGUCUCCGCCCACUGUUCUAGAACCUUUCUUUGAUGGUACAGUUGCCAAUGCUACUUUCCAAUGGUUCGCACCUAAUGGCACCAUUAAAUCUGCGACGGAUGGGUUGAGAGACGCUCAGGGGUCGGGAAAUCGAUAUACCAUGACGACCGUUUCGAUUCAAGUGGAACUCAGCUUAUUAAAGAAGUUGAGAGCGGCUUGGUUGGAGAUGACCACUCAUAACCUUAGGAUAACCCCAGGGUUCUUAGUACAAUUCGCAUUCCAACCAGUCGGAGCAACAUGGAUCGCUGCUAGUGAAGCCAAGGGUGGGAAUUCGAUGGGUAUCACCGAGCCAUUAGCUGUGAUGUGGAUUCAGCUACGAUGGGAUAGUAAAGACGAUGAUAACACCAUGCUGCAGUAUUCAAGGAGGUUGAUAAGGCGAUUUGAAAGAAUUGCUUCUCGUGCUGGAAAGCUGGCGAACUUUAGGUACUUGAAUUAUGGUGAUCGAUUCCAUAAGGAUGAUAUUAUUCCGUCUUAUGGAUCGGGGAGUGUGACGAGGUUGCAGAAUACUAAGGCGCUUUAUGACCCACAGAAUGUUUUUGGAAGGUUGGUGCCGGGAGGGUUUAAGAUUCCGGAGUAA